GGAGCGGGUUGGGGUCAUGGCAUCCAGCUAUCGAACAACUUUAGACCAAUGGAAGAAAAAAGCAGCAAAAGUAGAAUUGAGUGAUGACCAAAAAAAAGAAAUAAAAGAGGCCUUUGACUUAUUCGACGUGGAUGGGUCUGGAACCAUAGAUGUGAAAGAACUGAAGAUUGCAAUGCGGGCCUUAGGAUUUGAGCCAAAGAAAGAGGAAAUUAGACAAAUGAUAGUGGAAAUCGACAAAGAAGGGACUGGCACGAUUUGUUUUGAAGAUUUUUUUGCCAUUAUGAGUGUGAAAAUGAAUGAAAAGGAUGAGAAAGAAGAAAUACUGAAGGCUUUUAAAUUAUUUGAUGACGAUGCUACUGGCACCAUAUCACUGAAUAACAUCAAGAGGGUUGCCAAGGAACUAGGGGAAAACUUAACAGAAGAAGACUUGCAGGAAAUGCUCGAUGAAGCGGACCGUGAUGGUGAUGGAGAGAUUAAUGAGGAAGAGUUUUUGAGGAUGAUGAAGAAGACCAGUCUUUAUUAGCUCUGCUUUCUGGCUUCUAGGAAGUGUGCACAGCCUGCCUACUAAGCAAUUCAGUAAUGUAGUUCUUUAGCUCAUUCUUCUAUGUUUCUAGUUUAUAUGCUCAUGUUAGUUCCUUGGUGUCUAAUCCAUGCAAGAAGUUAUGUGUCCCCACCAAUGAAUACCAUCAAGUCUGUAAUAGCAAGAAUAAUUAAAAAAAAAACAAAACAUGACUUAUUUGAACCUUGACCCUCCCCCAAUAGUAUUUUCACAUGUUAUUUUUAAAGCUCUA